AUGAAGUUAUCUGCUGUUGUUCUUGGAUUGACUGUAGCUGCUGUAGCCUCAGCUAAAAAAGCUCCUGCUGAUACCACUACCGUUACUGUUACUGGUACCGCUGCUAGCAACACUCACAAGUUCGGUAGAUUCGACAAGACCAAACCAGCUUCAUCUUCAUCUGAAACCGGUACUCACAGAUUCGGUAAAUUUGACAAGACCGCUGCUGAAGUUACUUCAACUGUUUACAUUCAAGUUGGCGAAGGUAAAGAAUCCGUUUUAAAGGCUGCCUCAAACUCAUCAGGUAACUCUACUUCUUCAUCAGCUGCUGGUGCUGGAUACAUUGCCCCAGCAGGUGUUAUCGGUGGAGCUGUUGCCGUUGCUGCCGUUUUAUUACUUUAA